CUGAGUUCCGACCCCGCAACGGUCCGGAGUUCCCUCCCGGGGAGGGGGCGCACCCCCUGCCUCGGGUGAAUGAGCUGUCGCGUGGGCUGCUGAGGGCGGGCUGGGGAGCGCCGGGACCGCGGCCAUGAACUCGCCCGUGGAACCCGGCGCCAGGCAGGCGCUGAGGAAGAAGCCGCCCGAGCGGACCCCCGAGGACUUAAAUAUUAUUUAUUCUUAUCUUCACGGAAUGGAAAUAUUAUCAAAUCUCAGGGAACAUCAGCUUAGGUUAGUGUCUGCAAGAGCACGCUAUGAGAGAUACAGUGCCAAUCAGAUUCUGUUUUGUGCAGAAACUAUUGCCAGAUGUUGGUACAUCCUGCUCUCUGGAUCUGUGCUUGUGAAAGACUCUAUGGUCUUGCCUCCUUGCAGUUUUGGUAAGCAGUUUGGAGGAAAAAGAGGAUGUGAUUGUCUUGUAUUAGAGCCUUCAGAAAUGAUUGUGGUAGAGAAUUCUAAAGAUAAUGAAGAUACUAUUCUACAAAGAGAAAUUCCUGCCAGACAGUCUCGAAGAAGAUUUCGAAAAAUUAACCAUAAGGGAGAGCGCCAAACCAUUACUGAUGAUGUGGACAUUAACAGCUAUCUUUCUCUUCCGGCUGAUCUUACCAAGAUGCACCUCACAGACAACCCUCAUCCUCAAGUGACUCAUGUGUCUUCUAGUCAGUCUGGUUGUAGCAUUGCCAGUGACUCUGGGAGCAGCAGUUUAUCUGAUAUCUAUCAGGCUACGGAGAGUGAGGUAGGAGAUGUAGAUUUAACACGUCUUCCAGAAGGACCUGUUGAUUCUGAGGAUGAAGAAGAGGAAGAUGAAGAAAUUGAUCGAACAGAUCCAUUGCAGGGGCGAGAUCUUGUUCGAGAAUGUCUUGAAAAAGAGCCCGCAGACAAAACUGAUGAUGACAUUGAACAACUUCUGGAGUUUAUGCACCAGCUCCCUGCUUUUGCAAACAUGACCAUGUCUGUAAGGAGAGAACUCUGCUCAGUGAUGAUUUUUGAAGUGGUAGAGCAGGCUGGAGCUAUUAUUCUUGAAGAUGGGCAAGAGCUCGACUCAUGGUAUGUUAUUUUAAAUGGCACUGUAGAAAUCAGUCAUCCAGAUGGAAAAGUUGAAAAUCUGUUUAUGGGAAAUAGUUUUGGAAUUACUCCCACUCUGGAUAAGCAAUACAUGCAUGGAAUUGUCAGGACUAAAGUAGAUGAUUGUCAGUUUGUCUGCAUAGCCCAGCAGGAUUAUUGGAGAAUUUUAAAUCAUGUGGAAAAAAAUACCCAUAAAGUUGAGGAAGAGGGAGAAAUUGUUAUGGUGCAUGAGCACCGUGAACUGGACCGGAGUGGAACCAGGAAAGGACAUAUUGUGAUCAAGGCAACACCUGAGCGUCUCAUCAUGCAUUUAAUAGAAGAACAUUCCAUUGUGGAUCCAACUUACAUAGAAGAUUUCCUAUUAACUUAUAGGACAUUUCUUCAAAGUCCUUUGGAUGUUGGGAUCAAACUAUUGGAGUGGUUUAAGAUUGACAGCUUAAGGGAUAAGGUAACACGGAUUGUGUUAUUAUGGGUAAAUAAUCAUUUUAAUGAUUUUGAAGGUGAUCCUGCUAUGACCCGAUUUCUAGAAGAAUUUGAAAGAAAUCUGGAAGAUACAAAAAUGAAUGGCCAUCUCCGGUUAUUGAACAUUGCCUGUGCCGCAAAGGCUAAGUGGAGACAGGUCGUGCUGCAGAAGGCUUCCCGAGAGUCCCCGCUGCACUUCAGCCUGAGUGGAGGCAGUGAGAAGGGAUUUGGUAUUUUUGUUGAAGGAGUAGAACCUGGUAGCAAAGCUGCUGAUUCAGGACUGAAACGUGGUGAUCAGAUAAUGGAAGUAAAUGGACAAAACUUUGAGAAUAUUACUUUUGUGAAGGCCCUUGAAAUUUUGAGGAAUAAUACUCAUCUUGCACUUACUGUAAAGACCAACAUUUUUGUAUUCAAAGAGUUACUUGGUAGGACUGAACAAGAGAAAUCUGGUGUUCCUCAUAUUCCCAAAAUUGCUGAAAAAAAAAGUAAUCGCCAUUCUAUCCAGGAUGUACCAGGAGAUAUUGAACAGACAUCACAGGAGAAAGGAAAUAAGAAAGUUAAAGCAAACACUGUUUCAGGUGGAAGAAACAAAAUCAGGAAAAUUUUGGAUAAAACACGAUUUAGUAUCUUGCCUCCAAAACUGUUUAGUGAUGGAGGCCUAAGCCAGUCACAAGAUGACAGCAUUGUGGGAACAAGGCACUGUAGGCACAGUCUGGCCAUCAUGCCGAUUCCUGGGACGCUUUCCUCCAGCAGCCCUGAUCUCCUGCAGCCCACCACCAGCAUGCUGGAUUUUUCCAACCCUUCAGAUAUUCCUGAUCAAGUCAUAAGAGUUUUCAAAGCAGAUCAGCAGAGUUGCUACAUUAUCAUCAGUAAAGACACUACAGCUAAAGAAGUAGUUUGUCAUGCUGUUCAUGAAUUUGGUUUGACUGGUGCAUCCGACACAUAUUCUCUCUGUGAAGUUUCUGUUACUCCUGAGGGUGUCAUAAAACAGAGAAGACUUCCGGAUCAAUUCUCCAAAUUAGCUGAUAGAAUUCAACUCAAUGGAAGGUAUUACUUAAAAAAUAAUAUGGAGACAGAAACCUUGUGUUCAGAUGAAGAUGCUCAAGAACUAGUUAAGGAAAGCCAACUAUCAAUGCUGCAGCUCAGUACCAUUGAGUUGGCCACCCAGCUGUCAAUGAGGGACUUUGAUUUGUUUCGUAAUAUUGAACCUACCGAAUAUAUUGAUGACCUUUUUAAGUUAGAUUCCAAAACAGGAAAUACUCAUUUGAAAGAGUUUGAGGACAUCGUAAACCAAGAGACAUUCUGGGUUGCCUUAGAGAUUUUAACGGAAUCAAAUCAGCUCAAACGAAUGAAAAUUAUUAAGCAUUUUAUUAAAAUUGCACUUCAUUGUCGAGAAUGUAAGAACUUCAAUUCCAUGUUUGCAAUAAUAAGUGGAUUGAACCUGGCACCUGUAGCACGACUCAGAGGUACUUGGGAAAAGUUACCAAGCAAAUACGAGAAACAUCUCCAAGAUCUACAAGACCUUUUUGAUCCAUCUAGAAACAUGGCAAAGUAUAGAAAUAUUCUUAGUAGUCAAAGCAUGCAGCCUCCAAUUAUUCCUCUCUUCCCCGUUGUCAAGAAAGAUAUGACAUUUCUACAUGAAGGAAAUGACUCCAAAGUAGAUGGUUUAGUAAACUUUGAGAAGCUAAGAAUGAUUGCCAAGGAAAUACGCCAAGUUGUUCGAAUGACUUCUGCCAACAUGGACCCGGCUAUGAUGUUCCGACAGAGGUCACUGAGUCAAGGCAGCACGAAUUCCAACAUGCUGGAUGUUCAGGGAGGUGCUCACAAAAAAAGGGCGCGGCGCAGCUCUCUGCUCAAUGCAAAGAAGCUGUAUGAAGAUGCCCAAAUGGCAAGGAAAGUAAAACAGUAUCUUUCCAGUCUGGACGUAGAGACAGACGAAGAGAAGUUCCAGGUGAUGUCAUUGCAGUGGGAGCCCGCAUAUGGGACCCUGACCAAGAAUUUAAGUGAGAAGAGGUCAGCCAAAGCAUCGGAAAUGUCUCCAGUGCCUGUGAGGUCCACUGGCCAGACAGCGAAGGCCCACUUGCAUCAGCCCCACAGAGUAAGCCAGGUGCUUCAAGUGCCAGCGGUUAACUUGCACCCCGUCAGGAAGAAGGGACAAGCAAAAGACCCUGCACUGAGUACAAGUUUACCUCAGAAAGUUUUAGGAACAACUGAAGAAAUAAGUGGUAAGAAACACACAGAAGACACUAUUUCUGUGGCAUCGUCCUUACACUCUAGUCCUCCUGCAUCUCCUCAAGGUUCCCCUCGGAAAGGUUAUACACUUACACCAUCAGCUAAAUCUGACAACCUGUCUGACUCCAGCCACAGCGAGAUUUCCUCCCGGUCCAGCAUCGUGAGCAACUGUUCUGUGGACUCCAUGUCUGCGGCUCUGCAGGACGAGCGGUGCUCCUCCCAGGCCCUGGCAGCACCGGAGUCCAGCGGGGCGUUGGAAAAGACAGAGCUCUCCCCAGGGAUGGGAGACCACGGCCAGCUUGGCCCUGGAUGGACACUCUCAAAGCCAUCUCCCAUCAACGGUUUAGCUGUCUCAUCUUCUAUGAGCAAUGAAGAGAUUUCUCAUGAGCAUAUCAUUAUAGAAGCAGCCGACAGUGGUCGUGGAAGUUGGACUUCCUGUUCGAGCAGCUCCCACGACAACUUCCAAAGCCUUCCAAACCCAAAAAGCUGGGAUUUUUUGAACUCUUACAGACAUACCCAUUUGGACGACCCUAUUGCUGAAGUUGAACCCACCGACUGUGAGCCCUGUCCCUGUCCUCAGGGCUGCUCUAGAACUUGUGGUCAGUGCAGAGGAAGUCUGGAGACUAAUCAGUUGAGACAGAGCUGGGCCUCGUCCGGUUCUCUGUCUGACACACACGAACCAAACUAUGGGACAGUGAAACGGAGAGUGUGGGCGAGUGCCCGAGCCGAGUCGUCUGAAGGCUUGGACCCCAAGGAUGCCACUGACGCAGUGUGCAAAACUGUCACUUCUAGUACUGGAAAGGGUUUGAUUGUGUACUGUGUCACCUCACCCAAGAAGGACGAUAGGUAUAGGGAGCCACCUCCCACUCCUCCAGGAUAUAUGGGGAUUUCUUUAGCGGACCUAAAAGAAGGACCCCACACGCACCUAAAACCUCCAGAUUAUAGCGUGGCAGUGCAGAGGUCAAAGAUGAUGCGUAACAGCCUCUCUGGACUGCCACCAGCUUCUCUCAGUAGCAACCCUGUGGCCUGUGUUUCAUCGAAGAUUGUAACUCGGCCUCAGAGGCAUAAUUUGCAGCCAUCCCGUCCUAAACUAGCAGAUGUGACUGACGCAGAUAGCGAAGCAGAUGAAAAUGAACAAGUUUCGGCAGUCUAGCUUUUGGACGAUGCAUUUGGAGACUACGGAAAGUCCUGGAGCAGUGGGCAGGACCACCUCAUGAUUCCGCAGGCUGUUGCCAGCAAACGGCGCGCCGCUGCCACCGCUGAUCUGGAGGUUUCGUGACCUGUGCUCUGAGCAGUGAGACAGGCCUGGGUCACGCUUCCUUCCCUGCAGUUCCUGCCCUUGAGCAGUUCCUCAGCUCUGGAUGCUGUGCCCACAGCCCAGUCCCCACUGUGCACGCCAGACCUGCCCUGGGACCACAGUUACAGAAGAAAUUUAAACUCAAUCAUCUCCAUGUAUAUCACUAUAGAUUUUCCUUUAUCAGGUUAUGUUAGAGAUAGGGCAUUAUUGUUUCCAAGCCAUAGCUUGGGCUAAAGGACAGAUUCAACAUGUCUGCCAAUACCAAGGAUAUUCUUGUGUGUUUGAAAAGUAACUUAUUAUUUGAAGUGUUGUGGUUUUGUUUGUAUUUGGGAACCCUUGUUAGCUGAUACUUAUGUUUGAGGACAUAAAACUGUCUCUGGUCUGUCCAAACAGAAGUCAUCUUUGCAGAGAAGAUAUGCUCGGUCUGUACAGACACAUAACUUGAUCUGUAGCACCGGGCAAGACAGGGUCUCGGUUUGAGUGGAGUCGGAGGUGUUAGAAACGUGAUGGUUGUGGGUGGGUGUGGGGGCCAGCGAAGCUGCCAUAGAGUUUCUGUCCUUUGGGAAAGGAGAGGGUUAGGGAGGGAGAGGCUCAGAACCCUGAUUUCCGAAGAGUGAAAUUUUGAUGUUAAGUGACGUGUAUACACAUUCUUUCUGAAGUAAUAGUUAUGUUGCAUUAUAACUGCAAGUAUAAAUCCAAUAAAUAGAGAAUGGGUUCUAGAGAGUUGUACACUGUGGAAAACUGAAAACUAAAAUUUCCGACAACUCAAGUGUGAGUUCUGUUGAUAAAGGAAGUGUACUCACGGUGUCGUAAUCGUGCUGUAAUCGUGAAUCUGACCUCAUGCGGUGGUCCCCAGCGUCUCCCCACAGCUCAGCACCAGGUUGUGCCCUGUCUCGAUGAGCCCUGCCGCUCUCAGCCACCUGCAGUAAAACGCUGUGGGAGAAAGAGGAGCUAGAAUGAUAGAAAUGAUUGUCUCUUGGUUCUCAGUUUAGUCCUUAAGAGGACAUACCUUUCCGUCCUCUCGGGCCUGGCCCUCUUAAUUUAAGUAAUUAAAAUUCCAGUGACUAUUUACUGGAGAGGUAGAUUUUUCAUGUUUUUACAAAUAUAAUGUUUUUCUGUAUAUUAAGUUUAAAUUUUUUCAUUUGUCUUUUAGCGUGAAGGCAAGAGAGAUUUUAAUAAACUUCUGUGAUUACCAAAAAAAGAAAAAGCCAAAGCCAUUAAUGUUCACUGCCCAGAUCAACUUGAAGCCAGAAAGGGUUUACUUCUGCGUGGUGGUCCACACGUGUCCGUGUAGGUUUAGUUGGUCUGUGACUUCCUUUGUUGGAGUUUGUUCUCUUUCCUGGCUGACUCCUCCCUUUCUCUGUCUUCCUGCCUGUCCCCUUCAUGUUAAAACCAUACAUCAGUUUGAAGUAGUAAAUGGUAGUGGUUCAUCUUGCCUAUCAAAAUGAUUGUCUCUUCAUUUUAGGAAAAAGAGCAAGUCUGACAAACUCCCCCGGGGAGAAAACAUUUGUCUAAAAUUUAAGCCUUAGAAAUGAAGCCCAGGAAUGUGAGAAUGAGGCUAGGUGGUUCCGUAGCUUUCUCGGUCCUUUGAAAUGGAAAGCAGCCGGAACCAAAAAUCCUGGUUUGAAAGUCACACUGCAGUGAUUUGGCUUAUAAACAGUGGUCCUCCGAUUACGGAUUCUUUUCUUCACUGAUCUACAUCAUUGUCGUUUUUAUGUCCACAGCAAAACAAAGUGAAAGAUAUUUUUGCUAUAACUACCUUUUUAUCAGGUUUGGCUGUCUGUUCUCACUUUUUUAUAUCCAUUACUUCAGAAAAAUGUGCUGUUUGCACAGUGUCUUUAUUUAGCAGGUCUUUCAAACCAAAUGGAAGCCUUACCUGUCUUUGUCCUUAAUGGUGUAAAAGCUGUAAAUAAUAUCUUGCGCAGAGAGUUGAGGCCUGUGGUUUUGGACUUGGGCCUUGUAGCUGCCUUUGCUUUAUCCAACUUUAACUGUGGGUGUUUGGACCAGCUGAUCACAUUGAUCAGGAACUAAAGCCAAAUGCUUUGUGGUUUGGUAUGUAUGUGUCCCCUAAAAAAUCAUGAGGUUUUGAUUGUUAUAUUUUAAUUUAGGGUACAUUCCUGCCUUCUCUUAGUUUGUCAUGUGACUAGAAAAACAGAAGCCUUAACCUGUAUUUGCUCCAAUUCCAAAUCCCCAUUUGUUUUGUUUUUAUUUUAUAAAUUUACAAUUUUAACAAAGAGAUGAGUGCCCUCUGUCCCCACGACAACUCUAAAUCUGCCAAGAUUAUUGAAUUAGUAAACCCUCAGUGCAAAACUUUUGCCAAAUAGUAAGUUUCAACAAAAUCUCUUCAUAAUAAAAGAUUUGGAGAAUUAGUAAAUCCAAUACAUGCUUCCAUAAAAGUUUAUUAUAAUUAAUAGACUCUGUUUACUCCACAUGAUUACUUUCAGUAUGAUCUUUGGGGAGAAAAAGUCUUUAAUGGAUUUCAUGAGGGUGGCAAGUCACAUUAUCAUCAUAUACGUCACCCCCGAGCGUCUCUCCCAGGUCGAAACGUGACGGGGAUCAUGGGGGUUUCUAAGAACAAGCCUGAGCUUUAGGAAGUAUUCUUACCCCUGCAGAAAAGGGAGGAGGAAAAGUUUCCUAGUAUAGUUAAAACAAUAAUUGAUAUUCUAAGUUUCUUUAAAAAAAAAUGUGAUGUUAAAGUUUAUGUAUUCUUUUAGCAUUACCUUAAAGGCUGGAAAAAAGGGAUAAAUCUUCAGAAAAGUGUCACAGUACGUUUUCAGAUUUAAACUUGAACCCAGUUCAUCUUCAGCUUUUGUUGUGCAUUUUUAAGGCUUCUUUAUUUUUGAUACACAGAAUGCAGUUGAUCUUUUAAAAUUGAAACAUGUAAGCUUAUCAAUCAGCAAAAGACAAAAGCAAAACUGCACAGUUGUAAUAAUCAAAUAGCAAUUAUACUGCACAAUUCAUUGAUUGUAACGCAACCUGUAACAAGCAAUGUUUGUCUCCUAUUUUUUGAUACCUCUUAAACUUACGUCUUUUAGAAAGACAGUGCCUCUGUAUGCUUUUUGUAUUUUUACUGAGUGUAAAUAUUUGUUAUAUUUUUGGUUAAAAGAAUGUAAAAGUACCAUUUAUUAUUAUCAUAUCUACUAAUACAUUGGUGGAAUCAAUAAAGAAUCUA